AUGAGCACCACUACUGGAAAUUACCCAGCUACCCCCUUGACUUCUGUCAAAUCCACUUCUGGAAGACCCCGUGUCUCCACCGACAACCUAGACCUCCGCCCCCAGACCGACGCCCUCGAUUAUCUAGCGUCUCCCAAACCCAAGUCUAUUCCAAAUCAACAAAAUAACAAGAAAAACAAAAUGCCACCUUCAAAAAAACAAAAUGAGUUUGGUGGUGGGAACAAAGGAAUGAAGUCAGAAAUGACUUCCGAUGAUGGCACACCCUCUUCGGCUCUUGCUAAUGUCGAUCAAGUGGAUUGCGAUGAGAAUGAAGAGGAAGAAAGUGAUGAUGAUGAAGAUGAGCCGGCAGCUUUCGCCCCGUCUUACGGCACAAACACAGAAAAGAACCGUAAGGCGGGGCAUCGGCUUGGCACAUCAGUAAAGAAGGGAAGAAAGUCAACUGCUACACACGGUCAUUACGACGGAGCGAGUGAUGAGGAGCAUUGCUCUGGCUCAGUGUCUUCUGUCAGUUCUGUUAGCGGCGAAUGUUGCACCGGGUCCGCAGAUUCGGAUGCCGAGUAUGAUGCUGUGGACUUCCUAUCAGAUGGAGAUGACGAGGAUUUGGAAGUGGAAAAGUUUGAAGAACAAUGGAUCGUAGGUGAAUUUCAGCAUGGAAGACCCAAUAGCGUGUCCGGAUUGCGAGGCUUUGGAGAUGAAUGGAGUGGUUUCGACGACCUUGAACAUCGACCCCUCUACUCUGCUGGCUCAUUCUUUGAUGAAGAUCAAAUUAUGAUGCCAAACACUUCCAAUGAAAUGUUCAAUGCCGAAAUGGCCAGCGAUAAUUUUGAGACCCCAGUGCCAAGGCGGGUUCACUUUAUGGAAUCCGAUGACUCUUCAGAUUCUAGUUCUGAGGACGAGUUGCUUUCUGACUUUCUACAACAAGAGAGCCUUGACCCUGACCUCAGACGCCUGAUCGAAAACGACGGCUGCCGUAACCCUCUGGAUUUUCAGGUAGACAAUGCAUUCUAUGAGAUCCCCAGCAAUAUUUAUCACGUUGAAUCCGAUAGUGACGUCGGUAGUUCAAGUGGCUACGAGACUGAUGGUGGGGAGACCACGGACGAAGAGGACUACCCCCCACCCGCGACCAUUACGCAUCCGCGGUCAAUUCUUCGGCGUGAAUCAAGCGUGUCGGUAUCUGCAGGCGAUGAAGAUAACACACAAACACAGUUGGCACGCAGACGCGGGCCUCUUCGAGGCACGUUUAUUGCCGAUCCCAACAAGCCCGUUGCUGUCAUGGCGCCCAACGGAAAGCAACUAAUUUUGAUUCCUCCAUAUGCAUCGUACCGCCAUGAUUGGCUGGAAACAGCAACAAAUAGUCUUGCAAACACAGCUACUAAUAGCCCACGAGCAACGAACAACGCGGAAGAUAGCGAUACUGAUCUCGUUUCCCCAAGUCGACCAGAUUUCAGUCCCAUGUUGAGCUCCGCCGCCAAUUUGAUGAUGACAGCAUUGAAUGGGAACGAUGCUGGUGGAGAAGUCACCGGGCCACCCGAGGCCUUUUAUCCGAAUGGAAAAUAUCUUCUCGACCCCUUUGAGGAUGACGAUGAUGAUGAAGAUAGCGAAUCAGCUUUGAAUGUGAACGACUUCAUCAAUUUCGGUGACGCUUCUUCUGACGGCGAAACGGAUAAAAUGAUGGAUGAUGUUGAUUCUCCAUUCGUCGCCGCAUCUGUCGAUAUGGACUUUUCCCGAACCCCAACUGGCGCUCGUGAUAGUCCGUUGACUACCAAUGCUGAACGCCUUUUGAACCACCUCGACCGUGGAAUAGUGACUGCUUUCCGUCGCAAUCAUAAUCGAUAUCAAGCCCUGAUUCGCCUGCCACAACAUCGGGAAUUCAUGCCUGCUAAUUCUCCCUCCCGCCCUGCGAGCGUGUUUCGUCGCUCCAGGGCAACUGACGGCCGCACCCCUCCACGGAAACGCAAGGCAAGCAAUUAUCUAGGCGGUGAAGCGGUCCGCAGAAAAGUGCUUGACUCUCAUCGGAGAAGCUCAACUGCUGCGUGA